AACUAGGGCUGCAGCAGUCGUCAAGGCAAGAUGGCAAACUGUACGAGAGCGCAGGUGUGAGCGAACGGGAGCGAGGAAAAUACAGGUGAGGCCAACAUAUCGUGAGCGGGCCACGGAGAGCAGCAGCGCAGAGUGAGUCAGUCGUGUGCGUGCCGUCAUAGCAGUGGGAGGUGCAUGGAGUCCGCGAUUCCCGGUCUGCUCGGUCUGGAUGCACAGUGAAUGGCAGCGGGGGAGCCCAGCGUGUGGCUACGGAAGGAUCACCGCAGGACCUCACGUGUGACCUGCAGGACACACUGGUAUUACAUCCUAGAGUGAACCAUGACCUUCACCUAAAUAUCGGCGACAGGUGGUGUGUGUCUCUGUGGCUGAUGCGGGCAGCACCUGGCGGUGGUGUGAUGCAAGAUGGGAGUCUGCUCCUCACAUCCGCCAUGGUGACCUGGACACGUGGUGGCAACGACCUGGUCACGGUUCACGCAACACUCUUAUAACACGUCGUCUUGCAUUAUUAUAUUAUUUGUGGGCGACUCAAGAUGGCAGGGGCGAGAAAACAAGACGCCAAGAGCAAGGCUGAGCAGCUCAUGGUGGCGGUGAGGGUGCGGCCCCUGACCAACGAGGAGCGGCAACGAGGCUGUUAUCGCAUCCUGGAAGUACAAGAUGACAAUAUGCUGACGCUGAUGAACCAGGCGACGGACAGGAAUGACCACCUGCGACAGAAGAGGGAAAAAGACAAACAUUUUUUAUAUGAUCGCCUGCACGGGGAAGACUCUACUCAGAAGGAAGUCUACGAGGACACGACGAAGCCACUGGUACAGGACGUGCUGGCUGGCUUUACGGCGACAGUGUUUGCCUACGGUCCUACAGGAGCUGGCAAGACCUACACGAUGGUGGGCACGCCGGAGCAGCCUGGUAUCAUGGUGCAGGCCCUCAACGACCUCUUCCAAUGCCUCAACGACCCCUCCAAGAUCUCCAAGACUAAGAUCUCCAUGUCGUACCUGGAGAUCUACAACGAGAACAUCCGGGACUUGCUUCAGCCCAGCGGCACUCUGGACCUGCGGGAGGACGCGAAGACGGGGGUGAUCCAGGUGGCGGGGCUGUCUGAGCGAGAGAUCCUCACUACCAAGGAGGUGAUGAGACUCCUGACGAAGGGCAACAAGGAAAGGACCUGUGAGCCCACGGCCGCCAACAAGACUUCCUCCCGCAGCCACGCCCUCCUGCAGGUCAAUGUGCGGAAGUCAGCCAUCAAGGGGGUUGGGGAGGAGGUCAAGGUUGGUCGUUUGUUUAUGGUUGACCUUGCUGGGUCAGAGAGAGCCAAGCAGACUCAGAACAAGGGAAAGAGGCUGCAGGAGGGUGCCCACAUCAACCGCUCCCUCUUGGCACUGGGUAACUGCAUCAAUGCUUUGGCUGAGGGUCAAGCAAAGUUUGUAAACUUCAGAGACUCCAAGCUGACACGCCUUCUCAAGGAGGCCCUGUCAGGCAACUGCCGCACGGUGAUGGUGGCGCACGUGUCACCAUCACACCACCACCGGGAGGAGACCCGCAACACACUUGUCUAUGCUGAACGCGCCAAGAAAAUCUCCAAGAAGAUACGGCCCACUGUGCUGGACAUCACCUCCCACGUGACACAUUACAAGCAGAUGAUCAAAGAGUUGCAAGAGGAAGUGGAGCGGCUCAAAGACAAGAUCACAGAUAACAAGCAGGAUUGCCACAGUGGCUUGUCCCAGCAGAACACUGAAAAGCUACAUGCUAUAAAGAAUGAACUGCUGGAAAAAUUUCGUGAGCAAAUGUUUCUCAGGAACAAAUUGAUAGACAUUGACAGCAACAUCCUGGCACUGUCAAUGGAGCUGGAGCGGCAGAACUUAGUGGUGUCAGAGUGGGAGGCUGAGCGCACCCGUAUGGAGCGGUGCCGCACAGAGCACCCUAAGGGACCACAUGGGGAGGAGAUCAUUGACAUGGACACUGACAAGGAGAAAGAUGAGGACAGUGAGGAUGAUGAACCUGAGGAGGUGACACAGGCCUGGGAAGACCUAUUGUACUUGCAAAAAGAGAAGCAGCGCUACUCUGAGAUGAGGGAGACGGUGCAGCAGGAGAUGGAGGAGGUGAAGAAGUGUUCUCAGAGCAUAGAGGAGACUCUGCCCAACACCAUCACCAAUGACGAGCAGAAGGAAAUCAUCUCCCUCCUCUGCAAGGUUCAUGAGUUAGAGAUCCAGAAGGUAGAGAUGCAGAGUGAGGCACUGAUCAAGGAGUAUGAGCUGCAGCGGCGCGAGCUGGUCAUCAUGAGGUAUGACCGGCAGCGCUCCCUGUGUGACCAGAUCAUCACCAGGCAGCGCCAGAUGCUGGAUGCCCUUCGUGAAGGUUCAGAGAUGCACCAACAUAUGCCUCCAGAGCUGCUGGAGCUUUAUGAAUUGUACCAGAUGGAGGCCCAGUAUGCCACUGCUGACCGGGACGGGAAGUACGACGCCCAUAACUUGUUGAGGUGCCAUUCAGUUUUAUCACUGAGGGGAUCCACUGAAAGGCUGCCACCCAUUAAUGGCAGGGAACCAGAGAAGCUGUUUGACCGGCCAGCACGCCGCCACAGCCUUGGUGAUGAAGGCCGAACAGAGAGUGUCCUCAGCCUGCGCAGCCCCACCAGCUCAGCGUGUUCCUCAGUCCCUGGCACGGCCCCCGGAUCCCGUGUCCCCUCCCUGCCCCCCAUCAGUGGUGCCGCCCCCUUCAUACCCUCACACACCUCAGUGGAAGGCUCCAAUCACUUGCUGAGCAGGCGGCAGGUGUCCCGGGGCCUGGGUGACAUCCACCCAGUGAAUGACUCAGACCCAGAUUUUCUGGGCGUUCCCAGAACUUUGCAGAAGAAAUCUCUGGCAGACCCAGGUGAUGACAGCCUGUCAGUAGUCAGUGUGCGGCUGGACAGCCCUCCCCGCAAGGCCAGGUCUCGGGUGCGACCUGCUCCCCUCCGGCGGCGACCCCACUACCAAGGUCGCCACCUGUCAGCCUCUUCUAGUGAGGGAGAGUCUCCUACACGUGGCCACCACAACAAGGGAUCCAAGCCUCCUCGCACCCGCCGCCGAGGCAACAGUCUCAGGCCUUCAGGCAACCCAAGGAGACAGAGCAUUCCUUUGCAUCACCGGCGUGUGGAGGAACGCUUUCCAGUGGGCUUUGCUCUGCGCCACUGAAACAAGUAGCAGGAGCAUAGCAGCAGACUCACAACUUUAAGAGUUGUGUGACCUGCAUGACAAGUGCCAUAACCAAGUAACAUUUGGCUGGGAGGAACCUCAACCAAAGGACAUCACGCUGCCAUGGAGAGAUUCAGUGUGCAGUGGUCCAGAUCAUUAGUAAAAUGCUAUAAAUUAGAAGCAUUAGGUGAAUCAGAACAAAAGCAGUUUAGCCUUCAUACUGCUGUGCUGCAAAAUCUAGAAAUUAUAUACUGAAAUGACAGAUGUGUACAUAAUAGCAAAACAUUAUACUGUACUGUUAAGUGAAGUAGUGCUUAACACAAUCUCCUGCAGACCUAGAGACCUAAAAAAGAAACUGGAAGCAAAAUUGAGAUAUGCUGUACCAUAAUAUCCACUUCUGUGACAGGUUCCAUGGCAGGGAAUGCUGUGACAUGAGUAUGUAAUUUUAAGUAUAUCAUUUUCUUUAACUUGGCUUAUGACACAUUCUUCAUCAUGAAUCAGUGAUUCCCUUUCAUAGGAAACAGUAGAUUUCAUAUGUUUUUCAGUGCCAAAGAAAUGGCCAGGUAAAGUAUUUAAGGAAGAGAACUGCGAUUAUUUAACAUGAAAUGCAAGCUGAGUUACCCUCUCCUUUACUCCUACAGCCUUAAUUUUGGCAUUAACAGAUGGUUUAGAAGGGUAACUCCUCAAAAUGUAACCAACUGAAAGCUGUAUGGCCAAAUAAAAUAAAUCUACGGGUUCAUUCCAAGGCUUCAGGUGGGUAUGCCCUUUACUAUUACGAUGUUAUCAAAACAAAUACUUGAAUAAUUCUGUAAUCAUGUGGACACUCGGUAGUCUCACAAGCUAUUAACAAAACCAUCCUACUACUUAAGAUCACAUCAGAAUCCUUGGAGUGAAUGCAAAGUUCAUGCAGCAGGUGAAGGAUCGAGACUGCUCAUGUGUUAAGGAACAUAACCUGUGUUGGUGGUGCUUUUAAACAUGCACUGUAAUUGCUUUACAGGCGUGUGACCUGAGAAUGAGCAGAUUUGUGUGUGUACAUAUACAGUGUAUUGUAUUAUAACUGUAUUGUACUAUCUUGUUUCUUGUCCUAUUACUUAAAUAGAUGAGAGAGAGAAAGAGAGAGAGAGAGAGAGAGACUUAUAUCAAUCUACGUCCACAGGCUCACAGUAAGUAAAAAAGAAGUCUCCCACAUAUCAAUAUAGUAUCUUUAUCAGAAAUAAAGAAUGACUUUUA